AGAAGCUGUGCGAUGCAGUCCCACGUCCCCCGGUCGAAACAGCUCGGAGCCUCGUAUUUGGCCCCUUCAAUUCUUCCACACCGUAUGCUUGCCAGUGGUACAAGAACGAUGUCUUCAUGCUGCUGAUGUCUUGGACAAAUAAGCCCAGCGCACUGCGCCCGCUGUCCCACUACCCCACGAGACCUGUCAAGGCUGCUGUUGGUUGCCCAUAAAACAUCUGUCUACAGCUCGCAACGUUGAGGCCCGGGCUAUAAGAAUGGACGUGAGAACAAUGAGCAAGACAAAUCCCCGACGCGAGAAUCCGAGUGCCCUCUCUAACAAUGUCUCUUUCUUAACCAAACAUUGAAUCGGUAAGAAUACGAUCAAGCUCUCAGCGGCAAUAAUACUAAGAUUCACGCCCAAUCAACGUCUUCAACAUGGCCGAAAAAAACCCUCCUGUGCCAGUUCCUACGUACGAACAUAUGCACGAGACCAAUCAACCAAGCAUGACCCACCCACCCCCGGCGUAUGCGCAGCCUCCAAUGGAAACAAUACAACCCUCGGUGGAGGCUCGUCAACCGCUCGAUUCUUCGCAGAACUUCUAUGCGGGAACUCAUCACACGAGCGGAUACAACACUGCGACAGCCCUGCAUGCGCUUCAACGAGGUCCAGCGCCAGUGGACUGUCCAGUUUGCGGGCACCGUGAGAUGACGCGAGUGCAAGCGGAGGCGGGAAAUACUACACAUGCAUGGGCCGCCGUGACUUGCAUUUGCUGCUGUCUGGGAUGCAUUCCAUACCUGAUGUCGUCGCUCAAAGAUGUGCACCACUACUGCGGAAAAUGUGGUGCAUUACUGGCAACCUGGCACAACAGCGGACGGACAGAUGUACAUCAGCGCAACUGAUGGUGUUCAGUUGAUCUUGAUGGCUUGUGGUGGUGAUACGGAACUGCGUUUCUUAUAACGAUUGUCGAUAUACCAUUUUCAAUGCCUUGCAACGAAGCGAGGCUAUAAAUAAUUGGAUGUUCUUUUGCUUUGUGACGAUCUUUCAAUGACCAUUGAACAAGCUAUUGACCGUGAUAUGAUUUAUCAUUGUUUUAGUGGAUCACUGCACCGGAAAAGAUAAUCUCGAGAUGCAAAUGGUGGCCUGCUGAUCAGACUGCUGCGCCCCUGUGGCUGUGAUCUCCAGGCCAAGACUUCCGACAGCUAACAAUCCUGCAGCCCGUGACGUGCUAGUGAAAGAGAAUCAUUGGCUCUUCUUUCAAGCACUACAAAACUCAUUUUGAUUAUCA